UUUUCCUUAUUUUGCUUGAUUGCUUCUCGCUCCUAAAACCCUACUUGUCCCCAGGACAUCUUUUCUUCUCUCUAAAAUCAUGCAGCCCAGAAUCUCCAAAACCCUCUUCUCGAAUCUUUUGAGCAAAUUCGCUCAUUUGCCCAAAUCCCCAGUCACCGAGAACUCCCCUUCUCUAGCUUCCGUUGCCCAUUUCAGUACAAACCCUGGCAGACCCAUGAGAGGCGACAGCAUGCGUCAUGGCAAUGAAUCUGAGGAGAAUUUCCUCCGAAAUCUCAAUUUUGAAGGCAAGAGAGAUCGAGAUGAUGCCGAAAAACCCCGUCAAAAUCCUCGAUCACGGCACCCUGAUCAACCCUUAAGUGGAGAUAGGAGAGAGAGGAGAGUAAGAGAUGGUCAGUUCAAUCGACAUUCCUAUGCUGGAAGCAAAGAUUUUCGAGGUUUUCCGGAAACUAAUGGAGAAAGGAAUGAUGGGUCGUUCAAAACUGGUGAUGGAGAGAAGGAAAAGGAUAAACUUGGAGAUGCCCUUCUCAAAAAUUUGAACUUUGGUGCCACGGACAGUCCCAAGACGGCUGAAGAAACCAAUACAGCCACUUCAGUGCCCGAAGAGGCGGAUGUGAUAUUUAAGAAGAUGAAGGAGACUGGGUUAAUCCCAAAUGCUGUUGCUAUGCUUGAUGGACUGUGCAAAGAUGGGUUGGUUCAAGAAGCCAUGAAGCUGUUUGGUUUAAUGCGCGAGAGAGGAACUAUUCCCGAAGUAGUGAUUUAUACUGCAGUGGUCGAAGGAUUCUGUAAGGCCGCCAAGUUCGAUGAUGCGAAAAGGAUUUUUCGGAAGAUGCAGAAGAAUGGGAUUGUUCCGAAUGCUUUUAGUUACGGGGUUAUGAUUCAAGGGUUGAUUAAAGGGAAGAGAUUGGAGGAUGCUGUUGAGUUUUGUGUCGAGAUGUUAGAGUCUGGGCAUUCACCGAACCCGGCGACUCUCACUGGUUUGGUUGAUGGGUUUUGUAAGGAGAAGGGGGUUGAAGAAGCUGAAGGGUUUGUGAGGAGUUUGAGAGAGAAAGGUUUUGCUAUUGAUGAGAUGGGUGUCAGGGAGUAUUUGGACAAGAAAGGUCCUUACUCGCCGAUGGUUUGGGAGGCUAUCUUUGGAAAGAAGAAGUCACAGAGGCCUUUCUGAUUUCUUUGCUACAAGUAUUUGGUGAGUCUGUUGGUGUUUCUAGUUCAUUCUGCCUUGAAUAAUUAACAUUUUGAUCUUUAGUUCUUAUUAUUGUAACGUGUCUUGAUGAUGUUCAUCAUUUGAAGACAAAAUGAGCUUAUGUACCUUUCUUGUAGUCUUACUGAGCUUCAAGAUAUAUUAUCAGCAGCAAAGAAAUGUUUUUUAUACCAGCA